AUGGAGGAAGAAAGGAGAUGGAGAAUGUAUUGGUACAAGCAUAUCCUUCCAUUUGCAGCCAUGGUGGCUGCCGAAUCUGGGAACGUAGUGGUCAACAUCUUGUUCAAAGCUUCCACUUCCAAGGACAUGAUGAGCCACUACGUCUUCAUCACUUAUGGUUAUGCGAUUACUGCCCUCGUUCUCUUUCCUUUACCUUUCAUCUUCUACAGUGGAAGAGUGGUUUCUCCUUUGAAAUUCCAUAUUGGCUCUAGAAUUUGUCUUAUUGGGCUCACUGGGUUUUUAGGUCAGAUAUGUGCAUAUAAAGGUAUAGAAUACAGCUCCCCAACUCUUGCUUCAGCAGUCAGAAAUAUCUCACCAGCUUUGAUCUUCAUUCUUGCUGUUCUUUUCAGGUUGGAGAAAGUAGCAUUGAGAAGUAUAAUCAGUCAAGCUAAAAUAAUGGGAACCAUAGUAUCGGUAUGUGGUGCAUUGGUAGUAGCACUUUGUAAGGGCCCCGAAGUGUUUUCAUCAUCAUCUGUUUUACAUCAAUGGUUUCUGGGAUCGUCGGAAUCUAAUUGGAGAGAUGGUGGACUCUUGCUUGUCGUUGCCUAUCUUCUGUUUUCCAUCUCCUGCAUUCUUCAGGUAAGAAUAUUAGUUAUAUACAAGCAAGAGUUGAGCAUAGCCUGCUUUUAUAACUUGUUUGCAGCAGUUAUAGCAGUACCAGUAUCCUUAAUGGCAGAACCCAACAUGACUUCUUGGAGGCUAAAACCUACAUUGGUCAUUGUUACGGUCUUAUACUCGGGAGUGUUUUCAGCCUUGAGCUCGUUAGUGCACGUCUGGGGCAUUCGCUUGAAAGGACCGGUCUAUGUUGUAAUUUUCCAACCAUUGUCGAUUGCUAUCGCUGCUUUUAUGAGCGCCAUAUUUCUUGGUGAUCCUCUACAUCUUGGAAGUGUUAUAGGAGCAGUCAUCUUAUCCAUGGGAUUUUACGCUGUCAUAUGGGCGAAAGCUAAAGAAGAAAGGAUUGAUGAGGACUCUGGGUUAGGUAGUGUGGGGCACUUGCCCAAUGAUAUGGGACCAGUACUAGAGGAAGAAGAAAGAACAAGGGAUACCAGAAAGAGCCAACCAUGGAAUAAUGCCAAAAAUGAAAUAGGAAUCGUUAGAGGGUUAAUAGAAGAAAGACAAUCAAUGAGACAUGAAAUGAAUAUAACAGAGAACAUUCAAGACGACCGAUCAAAUACCGUGAAGGAAGCUCAAGAGAAUAUCAAACGAAAGAGUAUCAAUGGCCACAUUGAGGAGAAAGACGUGUGGAAAUUGAGGAGGUGUCUUGUGGGCACUAUGGCUAAGUUCGAGAUUGGUUUAUUAGAGCUCGGUUUCGAGGACAAAUCCGAAGUAGGUUUGAAGGAUAAAAUCUCCGAGUGUGAUUCAUUGGAGAAGUUUUCCGAUAGAAGGGCUAUUGGAGCGUCACCGGAGAAGCUUAAGAGCCUAUGCCAAUCUGUUCAAGAAGGCACAUUGAAUUAA